CCUAGAACGAUGCCCCAGACUGCGGCCCCGCCGUCAGCUUGCCCACUCUGCCUCGAUCCGUUCACGCAGCCAACCAAGACGGCGUGCGGUCACGAGUUCUGCACCGCUUGCCUUGCUCAAUGGACGCAGCGGACGCCAUCGUGCCCGCUCUGCCGCACCGCACUCCGAACUAGCGACGACCCGGCUGUGCCACCACGACGCCCACACUGCCGAAGCCUUCGCGAACGCAUCGAGCGCGAGGAGGCGGAGCGCGCUGGAAUUCGGGAGCGGCAUCGGCAGCUUGCGAACCGGAUCGCCCUCGUGCAAUCCACGGUGUUCACGCCUUCAGGGAGGCCGUUUGAGAGCCUUCCGAGGGUGAGCGUGGCUCAGCUUCGCGAGCUGGACAAGGCGAACCGGAGAGGUCUCGGGGUCUCGCUGCGCGACGUCGGAAAUGGUCUCAGCAACGCCACGCGCGCCUCCGAGAAUGGAGCGCUCGCCGCCCACCUCGCCUCCGCAGCCUCGACCCGCGCCACCGACGCCGAGUGCAGCGCCGCCAUCAGCAGGUUGAGCAGCGCGUGCAGCCCUCCCGCCGCCACGUGGCCGCACGAGUCGUUUGUGCGCCACGUCGAGCGCGAGAUCGACAUCACCGCCGCGCUGACGCACCGGCGCAUCGUCGAGACGUUCGCCGCCCUCGAGAUCGACCGCUCCAUACCUCCCCCUCUCUCCCCAUGCCUCCCCAUCCCUCGUGCAGGGGGCGCGCUGGCGGAGCGCGAGGCCAAGUCGAUCAUCGUGCAGGUGCUGCACGGGCUGCGCCACCUGCACCGCCAGCGGGAGCCAAUCAUCCACUACGACCUCAAGCCGGCAAACAUCCUGCUGCACGAGGGCGAGGUGCUACCUCCCCAUAUCUCCCCAUAUCUCCCCAUAUCUCCCCAUAUCUCUCCAUAUCUCUCCAUAUCUCCCCAUAUCUCCCCAUAUCUCCCCAUAGUGCGCCUCUCCGACUUUGGCCUCUCCAAGGCGACCGACUCGCGCGGCGGCAUGGAGCUGACCUCGUACGGCUCCGAGGGCACGCACGGCUACUUGCCGCCCGAGUGCUACGAGGGCGAGUCGUCGCGCAUCUGCCCAAAGGUGGACGUCUUCUCGGCGGGCGUCGUCUGCUUCACGAUGCUCUUCUACCCCGCCAAGCCCUUCUUCGCCGACGCCUCGCAGCAGCAGAUCAUGCAGAUGUCGUCCCACUCCAUGCGGACCGAGGCGCAGCGCCUCGCGAUCCCCGACUGCAAGCCCGCCCUCUCCAAGGAGGAGCGGGGGGUCGGUCCGCCAGCGUGA